AGUCCGUGACAAAAAUCCAGAGACGCAGAAGCAAAUCCUUCUCCUCAGCUUUCCUUUCCCGAUCGAAGAGAGGCAGAGAUAUUCCCGCGCGCGGAUCUUCUUCCACUCCGUUUCCCGCUCGCCUUCCUCUCCGUCUCCGGCCCGGUCUCGUCUCGGCGGUGUGUGUAGUACUCAGUUCCGAUCGAUAAUCCUCAGAGCGGGGGCGGCGAGGACUCUCUCUUUCUUGCAGCUGAGUUUCGAAUCGGGAACACAGAGAGCGAGAGCGCGAGAGGUGGAGAAGAAGAAGAGGGGCAAGUUUCCCGGCGAGCCGGACAUGUGCGUGGAGGGAUUCGAGGAGGCGGAGAUCCAGAGGCCGGCAGAUUUCGCGAUGGAAAGAGUUGUUGAGAACACAGUGCUACUCGAUUUCGAGAGUUGGCACAAUUUUUCCCCAGCUAUCCGAUCAGGGGAUUGGUCUGACAUUGGUGGCCGUGAAUACAUGGAAGAUACGCAUGUUUGCAUCCCCAACCUAGCAAAGAAUUUUGGUUAUAAGACUGCAGAUGAUGAAGUUAUUUCUUUCUAUGGGGUAUUUGAUGGACAUGGUGGAAAAGAUGCUGCACAGUAUGUUCGUGACAACUUGCCACGGGUCAUCGUGGAAGAUGCUGCUUUUCCUCUUGAGCUUGAGAAGGUAGUCAGGAGGUCGUUUGUGCAAACUGAUAGUCAGUUUGCAGAGAAGUGCUCUAUCCACGAUGGACUUUCUUCUGGAACUACUGCACUUACAGCAAUGAUUUUUGGAAGAUCUCUUCUUGUUGCUAAUGCUGGUGAUUGCCGGGCAGUCCUUUCCCGGCGCGGUGUUGCAGUUGAAAUGUCCAAUGACCACAGAACCUGCUCUCUCCAUGAAAGAAAACGUGUCGAAUCACUAGGCGGCUACGUCGAUGACGGCUAUCUGAAUGGCCAGCUUGCGGUCACCAGAGCGCUCGGCGACUGGCAUCUCGAUGGCCUGAAGGAGACAGGCGAGCCGGGUGGGCCGCUGAGCGCGGAGCCGGAGCUUAAGAUGAUCACGCUGACUAAGGACGAUGAGUUCUUGAUCAUUGGCAGCGAUGGCAUCUGGGACUACUUCUCGAACCAGAACUCUGUGGACUUUGCACGGCAGCGGCUCCAGGAGCACAACGACCUGCGGCGGUGCUGCAGGCAGAUCGUGGAGGAGGCGAUCAGACGGGGUGCCACGGACAACCUGACAGCGGUGAUGGUCUCCUUCCACCAGGAAGCCCCGCCGCAGAUCAGAGUGGCCAGCAGGGGCAGGGUGGAGCGGAGCAUCUCGGCUGAGGGGUUCAAUAACCUCAGGGUGCUCCUGGAAGGCCAGUGAUGGCGGCGGCACGCCAUUGUCGCCGCCUCUUCUUGUCGGUGUUGUUCUACAUUGUUGAGUGUUAACUGUACGUAGCGAUUUGCGGGUCCUGCUGCUGCUUGUCUGUCCAUUGAUUGAUCGUCGACAUGCAAAUGGCUAUUGUUGCCCGAGAAUAAACCGAUGAACCCUGAAGAUCUCAGCUGUAAAUAAUUUGAGAGGUCGGUAAGGGUGGUAGUAGCGUGCAUCCAGGGGGCUUUGAGGCUCAAUAUGUGAUGGUUUUUUGCCCCCAUUCUUUUCUCCUGUAAGAGAAACUCUUCUGGUAUUAUCAAUCAAUAUAACUGGAGUUGAUCA